AUGGUUAAAACUGAUAGGCUUUCUCCGAAGAAAAAGAAAAUAGCACCUGGCCCCAGGACCCGUUCCCGAGCAAAUGAUGCGAAUUUAUGUGAGAAGGAUCCCUUGCAUGCUACGCGCAAAAAAGCAAGUAAAAAGGUCCCCGCCAAGGAGGGAGUUGAAAGUUCAACUGCUCCAAAGCUUCUAAAUCCGACAUGUAGUAAACUGUUAAAACAGUGUGGUGAUAUUCAAAGUGGUUCUAUUGCUGCCUAUGUCGCAUUGCGCGAACGUCAAAAGCAAAAUCUGGAACUUGACCCAAGGAUUGAGGAUGCUGGUGAAUCAAGUUUACCAAAUGAAGUUGAAGAAGGCGAACCAGCUCCUAAAAGGUUUAGAGGAAGAUCAAAAAUGUAUAAAGUUCACGGUAGGACUGCUAAUGAAAAGGUGGUCAUUACAUUGAACAAACAAAAUCAGCCAAUUGGAGAUAAGAAGGUUACAUCUGAGUUAAGUAACUUUCUUGGUACGCUGGUUAAGGAUCAUGUGUCCAUUACUCAUGUUAACUGGCAUGUUGUUCCAGAAGACCUAAAGCAGAAAAUGGUGGACUACACUCUGGAAAGGUAUGAUAUCCCUGAUGGAGGUUUGAAGUGGAUAAACAAGACACUAAAUACUUGCUGGAGAGUGCAUAAGUCCCGGGUCAAGAAGGAGCAUUACACAAAAUAUGACACCGAUGAGCAAAGGCUUGAAAACAGACCUCUUGAAAUACCUCUUGAGGAUUUUAAGUUGUUGCUGAAGUAUUGGGCAGAUGAAGGAGUUCAGAAACUUGCAAGGGAUAAUACAUCCCAUCGUAAUUCAUAUGCUGACCCACAUACUCUCGGUCGUACACCUCUUGUUCAAGUUAGACAAAAUUUGAAAAACACAGACCCUAAUCUUCAAUCUCCAUCAAAUGCUAAAGUGUAUUUUAGAAGCCGCAAGCGCAACCCAAAGGUCACGUACAAAUCAAAUACCGAAGUCAUUCAAAAACGAUUGGAUUCCAUUGACGAGGUGCUGAAAAAAGGGAAUGAUGCAAACGAGUUGCUUCCCAGUGGCGAACAUGGAGCAGAGUGGCUCGUGGGAAGGAAAGGUGACAUGCCUAGCUCUGAAAACAAUCCUACUACUCCACAACCUUCUGUUGCUGAUUUGAAGCAGAUAACUCAAGAGCUAGAGGCCAAGUUUAACAGAAAGCUUCAAGGUAAUAUGGCUUGGAUGUUAAAAAAACUAGCUGAGGCGAAUCCGGGGAUGAAAAUAGAUAUUGGGGACUUUUGUGCCGCUGAGUCAAGUGAUCAUGAUGAGAAUGGGACUCCUUUUGGCAGUGGAACUCAAGUCACUCCUUUGGCCAGUGGAACUCAAGCUACUCCUUUUCCCAGUGGAACUCAAGGUGAAGGCAGUGAACGCAACACAAUCUAG